CUCUCAAAGGCGAGCUUUACGGCCUAGACCGAGAAUGAUAUUCAUUCAUAACUCUACCAUAUGACUACCCAUACUGUGAUGUCUGUUCUUACUCAUGUUCAGUGUAUACAAUACUCUACGUUCUACAGGUCCGUGCCUCGCUGUCAACAACCUUCCUUCGCACCACUCUUGCCCAGAACCCUUCAACUCACCUAAGGCCCGAUGAACUUACUCUCUAGUCUUCUUGUGUGUGCCCUACACCGCAAUGGCAACGCACCAAGGUAAUGGCUCUCCACCACCAAAACGCCGCAAGCUCGAUGCCAAUCUUCCCAACAAGGCAACUACUACCGAGGAUCCAGACUUCAACGCCAAAGGUAUCGAUCGUCCAAUUAGUCCACCGCUGUUACGCCGUAAGAGUCCUGUUGCAUCUCCAUUGUUCACAGCAACCUGGGGGUUCGAUGACGUUCCGAAACAGCCCUCAGCGCUGGAGUCGUCGACUUCCGACACCAAACAAGAGAGGAUAGAAAGAGAAGAGAGUGAAGGAACAAGAUUCUUGCCUUCACCCGUUCAACUGACUCGAGUGGAAGAUCUGGGGCCGCAUCAGAAUGUCGAUGCAGUGGGUUUGAAGGAUAUCUUGGGUGAUCCCAUGAUUAGGGAAUGCUGGAACUUUAACUUUUUGUUUGAUCUGGACUUUGUAAUGAAGCAGUUCGACAGCGAUGUAAGAGACAUGGUCAUUGUCAAGAUUGUGCAUGGAUUUUGGAAGAGAGAUGACGAGAGAAGAAUAGCCCUACUAGAGGCAGCAGAGCGCUUUCCAAACAUCGAGCUACUGAGUGCAUAUAUUCCGAAUCCUUUUGGCACCCAUCACUCGAAGAUGCUGAUCCUCUUCCGACAUGAUGGCCUUGCUCAGGUGGUUAUUCACACCGCGAACAUGAUCUCGCGUGACUGGGGAAAUAUGACUCAGGCAGCGUGGACGUCACCUCUACUCCCGCUACUACCUCCCAAAGCAGAUCCGAGCUUACUUGCCAGUCAGCCGGAAGCUACAUUUCAUGCGAUCGGAACUGGUGAACGCUUCAAAGUAGACCUUCUCCGAUACCUAGGCGCAUAUGAAAGGCGGGCCGCGGGCUUGACCAAGCAACUAGCGACCUACGACUUCUCAGGUAUUAAGGCAGCCUUCAUCGGAAGCGCGCCAUCCCAUCAGAGACCUUCUACUGCGAGUUCAUCUAGGGCUACAUCGUUUGGAUGGCUUGGCCUUCAAGAGAUACUGUCGAACAUUCCCGUAUCGAAUUCAGCAAACGCCGAUACACCUCCACACAUCGUUGUCCAAGUUUCUUCAAUAGCGACCCUAGGACCGACACCAACAUGGCUUACGCACUUUGAGUCUGUCCUCGCCCAGAAAUCGAGUAAUCAGUUGUCGACUGUCGAGCCUUCAACAUUCUCCUCAAAAGCGACGUUCUUUGCGAAGCGUGACCCGUCUAGUCUCAAGCUACCAAAGAAGAUACCUAUUCCUAAGUUCAACAUAAUCUUCCCCACUCCCGAUGAGAUCCGCACAUCCCUCGAUGGCUACGCCUCUGGUGCCUCAAUCCACAUGAAACUUCAGUCAGUGCAACAGCAAAAGCAAAGCGAAUACCUGCAUCCUCUGCUUUGCUACUGGAAACACACACCUACGGAUUUUACCAGCAAAUCAUGGAGAGAAGCCCAUCGAGGGCCCGCUGCACCACAUAUCAAGACUUACACUCGAUUCAGCGACGAUAAGCACAAGACCAUCGACUGGGCCAUGGUCACGAGUGCCAACCUCAGUAAGCAAGCUUGGGGCGACGUGGUCAAUAAGAAAGAAGAGAUUUGGAUUCAGAGCUGGGAGGCGGGCGUUGUCGUGUGGCCUGCUCUCUUCGCGGCACUUGACUCGGCGAAAGAGCAAGCUGAGGCUCGUAAUAAUGUCAUCAUGGUGCCGGUGUUUGGGAAGGAUCUACCACGACAUGAAGACCUUCAUGAGGGCGAGGGUGGCACGGAGACACUAAAGACGGUUGUGGGCUUCCGCAUGCCAUACAGUUUGCCGCUGAGUUCAUACAAAGCUGAAGACAUGCCGUGGUGUGCUACGAUGAAGUACUCGGAGCCUGAUUGGAAGGGUCUGAGCUGGGGUGGAUACGGAAACUGAAGGCUUCAAGAACGCUAUGCAGAUCGCUGCGGCCAUGCUAAUGACUGCUAACUAUAACUUAUCAGAGUAUAUACUUGAAAAUGGCUGUAAGAUAGUUCAAUAAGAAUGUUGUCCAGGCAUGUAUGUCGUUUCAUUCAUGUUCUGCCGUAGUCUUUCGCGAUAUAUGUACCUUCGCGUUCAAACUUGCCCUCGGGAACUGUAUCCAUGACCUUACUCGAAUCCGCCUAAU